UAGCCACCAUGGGUACUCUGCUGCUGCUUUGUGCUUUGGGGGUUUUACUCAACUGUCCACCGUCCGCUGGAUCUGUAGGCAAGGAGUUUGUCCUGUCAUUCAUGCAGAAUUGGAUUAAAAAUUAUAAAACCCCGAGCCAUCGGCUCUCUAUCACUGCUGUUGAGGCCAAUACUAAAGUGACAGUGUCUGUGCCGCCCUUAAAAUUCAGACAAGAAGAAACUCUCAAUGCUGGAGAAGGGGUCACUGUAUCUCUCCCUGCCCAGGUUGAGAUGUACGGCUCCGUGAAGUCUCCCAACUCAGUGCGCAUUGAAGCCUCAGCAGAUGUGGCUGUGACUUCUUUCAACUACAAGUCACACACAGCUGACACCUCUUUGGUGUAUCCCACCACUGAAUGGGGUAAUGAAUAUUUCAUCUUCACACCCAGUGAAUCCCUUGAUGGCACCUUUAAAGAGUUCUCUGUGACAAAUGGAAAACAGAGAAACAGAAUUGAAAUUGUACCACAAGGGUCCAUCGCGUUCCAGCAUCAUGUCUAUAUGAAGGGCGCUCGAAUGGUAAUAGAUCUCCAGCCAUAUGAGAGUGUCCAGCUCCAGAGCACGGAUGACGUCUCUGGCAGCAGGGUUUCCUCCCAGUACCCUGUUGCUGUUUUCACAGGUCACAGUUGCACUCGGCGCUUCUCAGCAUGUGACCAUGUUAACGAGCAACUACUGCCUGUCAGCAGCUGGGGAUCCAGCUUCAUUGUCCCUCCCCUGAAACUCCACGACAAACAUGAUAGUGUUAUUAUCCAGGCUUCCCAGCCCACCCAUGUUACUGUCCGAAAUGGCAACACUGAACAGGUGAUUAACAUGAUCAGUGGGCAGACAGUGACAAUCGAGUCCCAAAAAGAGACUGUGUUCAUUCAGGCUGAUCAAGGCAUUCAGGUCCUCAUGUUCUUCAAUGGCAAAUCACAAAACUAUGACCCUUUCUUGAUGAGCAUCCUGUCCACAGACCGUUUUUGCACCUCUUACUCACUAGAGACUUUCAAAGGGUUUGACAAUCAAGCCCUGGUUGUGGCGCGGACUAGUGCUUUGGGAAAGCUGCGUAUCGAUGGUAGAAGCUUGCCUCGUAAUGUCCAGUGGGAGAAGGUUGCAGGGACAGAUUUCUCAUGGGCCCAGAUUCCUCACAGUGGUAGACAUGUCGUGUCCAGCUCCGACUCUCACUUUGCUCUUUACAGCAUAGGACUCAGGCAAUGGAAUAGUUAUGGUGCUCCGGCACAAUGUUUACAGUCAGUGAAAAGCGCUUUGCCUGGCACCUGCUGGGCUAAGGGAGAUCCUCACUACCAUUCCUUUGACGGACGACGCUUUGACUUCAUGGGUACCUGCACUUAUGUUAUUGCCAAAAACUGUGGAAAGAAUGAUUCCCCAGCCUUUGAGGUCCUUGCCCAGAAUGAGAAUAGGGGAAGCCUCAGGGUGUCUUAUGUCGCCCUGGUCACAGUGAAGGUGUAUGACGUGUCCAUCACAGUAGCUCGGUCUGAGACAGGUCGUGUGAGGAUUGACAACAUCGUGUGGAAUUUGCCUGUGACCUUGAACAACAACAAACUUGUUAUGAGUCACAGUGGUCGCUUUGUGCUCAUUGAGACGGAUUUUGGCCUGACUGUGCGUUAUGACUGGAACCACCAGCUCAUUGUCACUCUGUCCAGCAGUUUCGCUGGUAAGACCUGUGGUCUCUGUGGCAACUUCAAUGGCAACCCCGAUGAUGAUUUCACCACACCCUCUGGCACACAUGCACGUGGGGCUGUGGCCUUUGGUAGCAGCUGGAAGGUGCCGGGGCUGGUGAAAGACCCGCUGUGCAGAGAUGACUGUGUGGGUGGGUGUGAAAAGUGUGAAGACAAGUUGAUGAAGAAGUGGGAGGGGACCUCGUUCUGUGGGCUUAUCACACUUGUAGUAAAUGGGCCAUUUAGCAAAUGCCAUUCCAUCAUUGACCCACAUACAUACCUGGAGAACUGCAAAUAUGAUGUUUGCAUGGGCGGUGGCAAUCAUCAUUUCCUUUGUCAGGCAUUGGAGGCAUACGCUGAUGCCUGCCAAGAUGCUGGGAUUCAGGUUCAAGACUGGAGAAAGGAGGCAAAAUGUUCUGCCAAAUGUCCAGCCAACAGUCACUAUGAGCUCUGUGGCAAUGCCUGUCCUGGCACUUGUUCUGAUCCUAAUGCUCCCUCCAAAUGCAAACGCCCAUGUGUGGAGACCUGCACCUGCAAUGCAGGCUUUGUUUUGAGUGGAGGUCAGUGUGUUCCUGCUGACCAGUGUGGCUGCACCUUUGAAGGACGAUAUGUCCCUGCUGGGGAGUCCUUCUGGGCUGAUCAGGGCUGCCGGAGCUGGUGUAAAUGCCUCCCUGGAAAAAGACAAGUAGACUGCCAGAAUAAAGGCUGUGGGGCAGGGACACAGUGCCAGGUGGUUGAGGGCAUAAGAAAGUGUCAGCCAGUCUCAUACAGCACAUGCAAGGCCUCAGGAGACCCACACUACACAACCUUUGACAAGAAGAGGUUUGACUUCCAGGGCACAUGUGUGUACCAACUUGUUGCACUCUGCUCCAAGAGACCAGAUUUGGUGCCCUUUGAAAUUUUGGUGCAGAAUGAUCACCGUGGCAGCAAAGUAGUUUCCUUCACCAAGUUAGUAGAGAUCAAGGUGUAUUCCCUCAGCAUUGUUAUUACGAGGACACACACAGGCCGGAUCAUGGUGAAUAAUGAGCUGGUCAACCUGCCCAUCGACCUGGCAGGAGGGCAGGUAUCUGUGUAUAGGAGUGGCUCCAGAGCUGUUGUCACCACAAACUUUGACCUCAAAGUCUCCUUCAACUGGCGGAGUGUUGUGUUUGUAAAAUUGCCAAGCAACUACAUGGAAGCCGUUUGCGGCCUCUGUGGCAACUACAAUGGCAAAUCACGGGAUGACCUGAUUCCAAAGAAUGGUGACAAAGCUGUCGCACCAACACCUUUUGGUACCAGUUGGCGUGUGGCUGAGAUCCCGGGCUGUGUCGAAGGCUGUAAAGGGGUGUGUCCAAGUUGUGACAUUACCUACAAGGCUCAGUAUGAAAAAGGAGAUUUCUGUGGUAUGAUGACGGAUUCCCGUGGGCCUUUCCGUGACUGCCAUGCAAAGGUGGAUCCUGCUGGAUACUUUGAGGAUUGUGUUUAUGAUGUUUGUCUGUAUAAAGGCAGAAAGGAUGUGCUAUGUGAGGCAAUCGCAGCAUACACAUCUGCCUGCCAUGCUGUUGGGGCCAAGGUGUACAGCUGGAGAACCAGUCAAUUCUGUGCACAGAAAUGUCCAGUUCAUAGCCACUAUGAAAUUUGUGCAACUGCAUGUCCUGCCACAUGCAAGAGUCUGAUCCUUCCUCAAGUCUGCAAGGAUCAGUGUGGGGAAGAUUGUGUCUGUGAUGAGGGUUACAUCCUCAGUGGAGACACAUGUGUUCCCUUCUCAAGCUGUGGUUGCAUCUACAAUGACAAAUACUACCAGGCUGGCCAAGUGUUUUAUCCCGAUGGUCAGUGUAAGGAGAAGUGCAGAUGCACUGACAAUGGAGAGGUUAAGUGCAAGAAAUUCACAUGUGGCCCUAAUGAGCAAUGCAAAGUAGAGAAUGGGGUCCAAAAAUGUCACCCUGUUGGUAAGAGUGUGUGCCACUCUGCGGAUCCCCAUUACCGGUCAUUUGAUGGGCUAACAUAUGAUUUCCAGGGCACUUGCACAUACACACUCUCCAAGAGCUGUGGGCUGAAUGGCACCCACUUGGUGGAUUUCUCUGUUCUGGUGGAGAAUGUGCAAAGGGACCGGUUGAUGAACAACAAAGUGGUGUCUGUCACUAAACUGGUUGCAGUGCAAGUCUAUGGCUUCGAUCUCAAAAUAAGUAACAACAUGUUUGGAGUCAUGGUAAAUGGACUGUUUAACUCCUUUCCACUCAGUCUUAAUGAUGGAGCUGUACUGGUCUAUCAGGAAGGCAUGAAUUAUGUCAUUGCAACAGAUUUCGGGCUGCUUGUCACUUACGAUCUUGUCUACCAUGUGACUGUCACGGUGCCUGGUAACUACCGCGAUAAGGUCUGUGGUCUGUGUGGCAACUUCAAUGACAACAAAAAAGAUGACUUUCAAAUGCCCGACCAUAAGGUCACUCGGAACGUGAACACAUUUGGAAAAUCAUGGCAGGUCUCCAUUCCUGGUGUGGUGUGCAGCGAUGGCUGCAAAGGAAAGUCCUGUCCCAGUUGUAACCAAGCCCAAAAGGCUUUGUUUUCAAAGUCCAUUUACUGUGGAAUUCUUACAGCACCCAAAGGUCCUUUUGAAGCCUGCCAUAGUAAAAUAGACCCACAGCCAUACUUUAAUGACUGUGUAUAUGAUAUGUGCACAUCAUAUGGGGAUGGAAAGGUGCUGUGCAACACCAUAGCAACCUAUGCCUUCAGCUGUCACUAUGCAGGAGUAGAUGUGAAAAACUGGAGGACGCCUUCAUUCUGUCCCAUGAAAUGCCACGCCAACAGUCACUAUGAGGUGUGUGAAGACCUCAAUUCUGCAUCCUGCCCAGGCCUUCCAGAGAUAAUUGCGUGCUUCGGCACCUGUGUAGAAGGCUGUGAAUGUGAUACUGGCUUCUUAUACAAUGGACACGCAUGUGUUAAUGACACCGAGUGUGGCUGCUUUGACAAUGGGAAAAACUACAAGCUUGGCGAGAUUGUGUACGAGGAAGGCUGUAACACCAAGUGCUCCUGUCAAAUGAAAGGCCUGCUCUGUGAAAACCACACCUGCCCUCAAGGCACCAAAUGUAUGAUCAAGAAAGGAAAACGGGCAUGCUAUAACAAAGAUCCCUGCAAAGAUGCCAAUUGUCGAGUCAUGGAGACAUGCCGUGUGGAGAAGGGCGAAGCUGUGUGCGUCCCCAAAUACACAGGCAAAUGCUGGGCCUGGGGUGACCCACACUACCAUACGUUUGAUGGUCACAACUUCGACUUCCAGGGCACCUGCAAGUACGUCAUCUCAAAGACCUGUGGGAAUCUGGACGGUCUAGUGCCGUUCUCAGUCACUGAGAGGAAUGAUAAUCGAGGAAACAGAGCCGUUUCCUACGUCAGGGAAAUAGAUGUGUCUGUCUAUGGGUUCACCAUCAGCAUUGUCAAGAACAAAUUUGGUCAAGUCAUGGUGGAUGGGGAACUGGUGAAUCUCCCAGUACAACUGGGUGAAGGUCAAGUGUCAGUGACUCAGAAAGGUCGCUCUGCAGUUAUAGAGACAGACUUUGGCCUUGUUGUCAGCUAUGACUGGAUCUGGCAAAUAGUCAUUAUGCUGCCCAGCAGCUAUUACGGCUUGGUUUGUGGACUGUGUGGAAACUUCAAUGGCAACAGAGCUGAUGAGCUCCAGAAUCCUUCUGGAAAUGCUGUCUCAUCUGUGAUAGAGUGGGCCAAGAGCUGGAAAACACCUGAACAGAACAAAGACCAUCCCUGCUGGGACACAUGCACGAAAAACUGUCCAACCUGUAAUAAAAGAAAGGUUAAGCGCUAUGAAAUUGAGACUUCAUGCGGGGCCCUCACAGCCAAGAAAAAUGGUGUGUUUGAGACAUGUCACAAAGAACUGGACCCUGGGGCCUUUAUGAGCAGCUGUGUGUAUGAUAUGUGUUUGAAUAAGGGCGACAAGAAGAUGUUGUGCCAGGCAUUGUCUUUCUACAGUCAGCAGUGUCGUGAGAGAGGAAUAACCAUCAGUGGUUGGAGGGAAAAGUUUGAUUGUCCAAUGAACUGUCCACCUCACAGCCACUAUGAAAAGUGUGCCACACCUUGUCAGCCAUCCUGUCCCUUCCCUGAAUAUAAGCCGAACUGCAUAGGCGUCUGUGUGGAGACCUGUGUGUGUGAUGCAGGUUAUGUCCUCAGCGCUGGUGUCUGUGUGCCUGCUAAAACAUGUGGUUGCUUCUAUCAGGGUCGCUAUUACAAGCCAGGUCAGCGCUUCUGGGCUGAUGAGGCUUGUGGCCGCCUGUGUGAGUGCGAUACGACCCUGAGCAUGGUGGCAUGUCGUGAAGCAUCCUGCUCUGCCCAGGAAAGGUGCACCAUAGAGGAUGGAGAGCGUGGCUGCCGACCCAUCAGUCCUGCCACAUGCUCAGCCUCAGGAGACCCACACUACCGCACUUUCGAUGGCCUCAAGUUUAACUUCCAGGGAGCAUGUGUAUAUCAGCUGGCAGGGCUGUGCGCUCAGGAGCCUGGACAAGAGCUGUUCAACGUGACUGUGCAGAAUGACCAUCUGAGAAGCAAAGCCGUGUCGUACACAAGGGCUGUCGUCCUUUCCAUUUAUGGAAUCACUGUCAACAUCAGCAGAGAAAACACAGGGGUUCUGUUCAAUGGGCAGCUUACUUUGUUGCCACUGGAAUACAAAGAUAAGCUCAAGGUGUUUGAAAGGAGUCACAGAGUUGUUGUGGAGACAGGAGCCGGAAUCACUGUGACCUUUGACCGGAAGAGCAAACUGACCAUUACUCUGCCCAGCAACUACCAGGGUGCUGUCUGCGGGCUGUGUGGCAACUACAAUGGAAACGCUUCGGAUGAUCUGACCAUGAAAAACGGCCAGAUCACCCAUAAUGAAGUCAAGCUGGGGGAGAGCUGGCGAGUGUUUUCCCCAUAUAUUAACUGCUAAUAUUGCAAAGAUUUAAUAAAGUUACUAUUACUCUCGGC